AUGAAUCAAAAAAGAAAAUCUUUAAGCAUAAACACAAAUCCAUGUGGUCAUAUUAUCGUCGAUGAUGACGACUGCAUUGUUCCGGUAAAGCGCAAAAAACAACUCAUUUUGAGCACUUCGGAGGAUAGCGAUUCUGAUUUAUCGAAUCAAUGUUUAUUCAACAAUCUACCAUUUACUAAAGAUGUUUCGAAUCAACGUGAUUCUCAAGAGCCUAGCGAAAAAUUUGAUUCGCUAUCUAACUUCCCUAGUCAGAGUAAACUGAUUGAAUUUUUUGAACUAUUCUUUGAUUCGACACUAUGGGAACUAAUAGUUGAUGAAACGAAUAAAUACGCGGAGUAUUCAAGGUUUUCACCUAGAGAAUUAAAAUCCUUUGAAAGAGAGAUUUGGACACCUGUUACUGUUUUAGAAAUGAAGGCAUUUAUAGCAGUGCUGUUGGAAAUGGGAAUUACGAGAAAACCUAAUAUACGUUCAUACUGA